CGCGUUCUUAGUUGCGUGCUGGGGUCCAUCGUAAGAGGAACGCCGACAAGACUACCGCUCCUAAAACCGUCUACUACUUCAACGAUCGAGAUGUGUCCGUUGACGACGGCCUUGGCCCUCGUUCUGCUGUGCCUGCUGGCCUAUCGAUACCUGUGGAAUCGGCCCGCGGUGUUCGAGGAACGUGGAAUAGAGUUCACGAAGCCAUGGCCGAUCGUGGGCAACAUGGCACCGGUGCUGUUUCGUCGGAAAUUCGUCAGCGAACACCUGACGAAUUAUUACUUCAAGUACGAGCACCUCAAGUACUUCGGAUUCUACAACCUGGUCUCGCCGACGAUCGUGAUCCGCGACCCCGAGCUGGUCGCUACGAUCGCCAUCAAGAACUUCGAUCAUUUCACCGACCAUACAGGCUUCGUCAACGAGGACAUGGACCCGCUGAUGGGCAAGAACCUGUUCGCUCUGCGAGGCGAUCGCUGGCGAGAGAUGAGGAAACUGCUUAGCCCAGCCUUCACCUCUUCAAAGAUGAAGGCGAUGUUCAAACUGAUCGUCGACUGCGCCGACAAGACGGCCGACUUCAUCGCCGAGGAGUCUGGGAAAGGUCGAUUGUGGGACAUGCAGGAUAUGGCACGACGUUACACCAACGAUGUCGUAGCGACCACCAGCUUCGGCAUUGCCGUAGACUCACUGAAGGAGCCCAACAACGAAUUCUACAGGGUAGGAAGGGAGUGCCUCAAUUUCUCGACUCUGGUGUCAUUGAAGAUGCUGAUAGGCAGGAGCUUCCCGACCCUCACCAAGCUGCUGGGGAUUAAAAUAUUCGGGGACAGGCCGCGCAAGUUCUUCACCAGGGUCGUUGCCGAGACCGUGAAGAUGAGAGAGGAAAAGGGUAUCCACCGACCGGAUGUGAUCCAGCUGAUGAUGGACUCUCGGGACAAGGACGGCAAACGUCUGCCGAUCGACGAAAUGACGAACCAGGCUUUCGUGUUCUUUCUGGGUGGUUUCGAGACUACAUCGACAAUGCUGUGUCUAGUCGCUCAGUUAAUCGCCACCGAGCAAGAGGUCCGGAAGAAACUUCUGGUCGAGGUCGAGGAAGCGCGUCGUAAGAUUGAGGAGGGCGAGCCGAUCUACGAGGUGAUCAGGGAUAUGGUGUACAUGGACGCGUUCCUGGACGAGACUAUGCGCAUGUACCCGAUAGCCACAUUCCUCGACAGGGUCUGUGUUAAGGAGUUCGAGCUUCCUCCGGCUGAACCCGGUGCAAAACCUGUCAAGGUCAAGCCUGGGGAUCUCCUAUGGUUCAUGCCGGCUGGCAUCCACCAUGACCCGAAGUACUACCCGGACCACGAUGUCUUCAGGCCGGAGAGGUUCCUGAACGGCGAGGUCUCACCGCACACGAACAUACCGUUCGGUAUAGGCCCGAGGGUCUGCCUCGGACAACGGUUCGCCAUGAUGGAGGCCAAGGUCCUCUUCUACUUCUUGCUGCAGCGAUGCGUGCUGGAGCCAUGCGAGAAGACCACCGUUCCCCUCAAGUUUAGCCCCAAGUCCAUAAUGAUGAUCCCUGCCACCGGUUAUUGGCUGAACAUCAAGAAAAAGACCGACGGUUCCAUGUCCAAUGGCACCGUCUCCAAUGGAUCGAUUUGAGGAUUUCUCGCUGAGUUUCUGCAGCCUCGCCAAUGGAGGACGGUUUGAGGAUCUUCUUUUGAAUUUUCCCGAAAGAUCGCGGAUCUCGCUGUGUGAUUAAGCAAGUGCGAAUAGACAGGAGUAAUUCACUCUGUCGUGUUACUCAGGUGUACGUGCACACGGUGUCUACGAAAUUGUGGUGUAAACUGCUUGGUCGUGAUUUUAUAUGUAAGACUGAGUCGAUACAUAAAUAAACCGAGAAUUGAAACUAUAAUUUUACUGUACCACGUCUUGCAAAGACUCGUGUUUGCAGAAUUUAUUUCGUGGGACUAUUAUCAAUAUAAAAAAUGCGGAGGGGUAGCUUUUUUAGAACCGGAUGUAGCAUCAGUUUUAAUUACUUUAUACAAAUAUGUACACAACCGGACCUGUAAUAUAUAUUUUUGUUAACAAAAAACUA